AUGGAUACGUUGUUUAGACUUGUCAGUUUUCAACCCCAACACCAACCUCAUCAAUCUCUCAACUCUACAACAACAACAACAUCUAGUAGCUCUCGAUCCUCCAAACAAAACUAUCAUCAAUAUUACCCUCAACAACAACAAGAAGAAUGCUUCAACUUUUUCAUGGAUGAAGAAGACCUUUCCUCAUCUUCUUCCAAACACUACUAUCCUUAUAAUCAACAACCACAAACUUCAAUCACUACUAACACCUCCACACCCACACCCACACCCCCACCACCACCUCCAACUGAUCAUUUCAGCUUCGAAUUAACCGGAAAGUGGUCCCACAACAUCCUCCUCGAAACCGCACGUGCCAUAGCAGAAAAAAAUAGCAAUCGUUUACAACAACUCAUGUGGAUGCUUAACGAACUAAGCUCCCCCUACGGCGACACAGAACAAAAACUCUCCGCGUAUUUUCUCCAAGCUUUAUUCUCUCGAAUGACCGAAGCUGGUACCCGGACGUUUCGAACCCUAGCUUCGGCUUCAGAAAAAACUUGCUCGUUCGAAUCAACGCGAAAAACGGUUUUGAAAUUUCAAGAAGUUAGUCCAUGGACAACUUUCGGCCAUGUAGCUUGCAAUGGCGCAAUAUUAGAAGCCUUAGAAGGAGAUUCCAAGUUGCAUAUAAUUGAUAUAAGUAAUACUUACUGCACUCAAUGGCCUACGCUUUUCGAAGCGUUGGCGACUCGAACCGACGACACUCCGCAUCUCCGUUUAACCACGGUUGUAACCGCUAGUGGUUCAGUUCAAAAGGUUAUGAAGGAAAUUGGUGCAAGAUUGGAGAAAUUCGCUAGACUUAUGGGAGUUCCGUUUAAAUUCAACGUUAUUCAUCACGCCGGUGAUCUUUCCGAUUUGGAUUUUUCCAGUUUGGAUAUUAAGGAUGAUGAAGCGUUGGCGGUUAAUUGUGUUAAUACUUUGCAUUCGAUAAGCGUUGGUAAUGGUAAUGGUAACAGUAACGGAAACCGUAACAGUAACUGUCGAGACGCGUUGGUAGGUUCGUUGAUGAGGUUGCGUCCGAGGAUAGUUACUGUGGUUGAAGAGGAAGCUGAUUUGGAUUUUGGUUUCGAAGGAUUUGAAUUUGUGAGAGGUUUUGAAGAGUGUUUGAGAUGGUUUAGGGUUUAUUUCGAGGCAUUGGAAGAGAGUUUUCCGAAGACGAGUAACGAGCGUUUGAUGCUGGAAAGGGAAGCGGGGAGAGGGAUAGUUGAUUUGGUGGCGUGUGCUCCGGCGGAGUCGAUGGAACGGAGGGAGACCGCGGUGAGGUGGUCGCAGCGUUUGCAUGGUGGAGGGUUUAAUACGGUGGCGUUUAGUGAUGAAGUUAGCGAUGAUGUGAGAGCGUUGUUGAGAAGAUAUAAAGAAGGGUGGUCAAUGACGCCGUGUAGCGACGCCGGAAUAUUUCUGACGUGGAGGGAACAACCGGUGGUGUGGGCCAGUGCAUGGAGGCCUUGA